AUGGCUGUACAACCACGAGUGGCCACGCUGGAGGCCUUUAUCAUCGACACUUUUUCCCGCAUAGAGGCCAACGGACAUGAAGUACCCAUGAACAAACCCGACCAGCUGGGGGGAGCCGGGACAUACGGUAUUAUUGGAAGCCGCAUCUUCCUACCACCUCAACGGCUGGCCAUGAUUGUCGACUACACGCCCGAAACACUUUCACGGGAGAUGAGAGACACUCUCGAGGCGUUUGGCAGCGACAUGUUGGCCUUUCGCAAACGGACAGAUGGCAAUGGCACCACGCGGGCCGUGAACCGUUACCAUGGGGAGAAACGAGGCCCCACCUCACCCUCCCGGGCAAGGAAACAGCGACCACGCGCUGCAAAAUGGGAAGCUGGGCGACGUCUCCAGAUACAUUGGCACCGACGCCGUGAUGUUGGUAUUGUCGCUGACGGCAGGUUCGAGUACCUUUCACCGCCAAGGCUGCUCACCCCGCGUGAUCUGCUGGACGUGCCCACGUUCUCCAACCCGCUCCCAUCGUGGCUGCACCUGGUCUCAUACCCCGAACGGGCGGAGCAAUCAUUGAGCGAAAUAUCGAGCAUGAGUGCCGAUCUCGGCACGGGCAGGAGCUGGACGCCCGGAAUCCUGUGGGAGCCUGAACCGCCUUGUUGCCUGCCCGAGAACCUCAACGUCAUCGCUCGCAUCGCUCGCCAAGUGGAUGUCGUAAGCCCCAACCACACUGAGGGACUGGCACUCUUUGGAUUCGACGUGCCCACAGAGACUAUGCAGCUGGUACCAUUACUGGAGUGGCUGACGCGCCGCCUCGUCGCCCUCCGUCCACGGCUGGCAGCGGUCGUCCGAGCCGGCCCGUACGGCUGCUGCUAUGCGCUCACGUCCGAAAUCCCCUCGGGGUCCGUCUACAAUGUUCACUCGACGGCACCGCCAUGCGUCGACGUGCACUGGAUUCCUCCCUUCUGGCAGCCGGGAGUCGCCGGGUACGAGGGAGCGGUGGUGGACCCUACGGGUGCCGGCAACGCAUUCAUGGGAGGGUUGAUGGCUGGGCUGGAUGCGGGCAAGGACAUGAGAGAGGCUGUCAUUUGGGCCAACGUGGCUGCCUCGUUUGUCAUUGAGCAAGACGGCCUCCCGCGCAUGGUCAACAUGGCCGGUGUCGAAGUGUGGAACGGCGACUACCCCCACGACCGGGUGGAAGCGCUUCGCCAAAGGUCUGAAGCACGGCGGUUAGGUUGA